UGAGUCAUUCGUUGGCCGUUGCUAUAAUAGACCGAGCCGAUGUGAUGCGUAUCGCAGCAGCAGCGAUGAUCUAAUCAGUCUGCAAUUGGCUUUGAAAAAAAAGGAGGAGAAAAACGAACAAAGCGGAAUCAGUCAAUAAGGAACUUUUGGUGAGUGAAGAAAGAUAGAGGGUAGCUUAGUAGUGUGCGUCCCAGCAGUAAUAGCGAUAUAUAGUAUACACGGACGGACGGACGGACGCUCUCAUCCUUGCGCGCGCGCAAUCUCUCUUCAUCAAGACGCGCCCGCGAUGGUAUAGAUGAUGAUCUAUAUCGGGUGGAGAGGGGUGUAGUAGUAGCCGGCCCCGAACACUGGCGCGCUCUGACGGGUCUGUACCGCAAUCCCGAGCCACCGAGAAAUACGCCACAGUGCACAUGCGUAACAUGUCGGUAGCUUAUUUUCCCCUCCAGACUCCCGUCUGAAGGAGAGAUUUUCAGAGGGAGGGAGAUGGCGUAGGGAUUCGUUCGUGUUGAGUAAGGAGAGGGAGGAGGCGGUGUACACGACGGGGUGGCGGUGGUAUAGUCAUGUAUAGUGUAUAGCUAGAGGGGAGGGGAUAAAGGCCAAAAGUGAACGAACGACGUUAUAUUCCGGCGACGCCGACGUCUGCCGCUAGAACUGUGCCGAUCCGCGCUAGCGGAUGAACGCGGGAUUACGACCGCCGCGUCCAAUAAACAACAAGAGGCAAAACUGGCGUGACACACACAAGCGUCGCUGCCUCUGCCGCCCGUCGCCGCCAACAUUUUGAGAAUUUUUUUCCCCAGUUGUGUGUCUCGUGUUUGUGUGCCCGUCAGUUUUUGUGCGCCCAUCGUCUCUCGUCGUCGCCGGAUGAGAUCCAACGUGACGCCGAGUGGCCAUUCAUCAUCAUCUGGAACAUUCAUCACUCGGCAGAGGACAAGACAAAAAUAACAAUAAUAUUAAUACUUAAGCGGUCCCUGGCGACCGGCGUCGCCAAAAAAGUUUCGGCAACCCAGUGCUUUUGAAUCCUCUAAAAACGUUGGCAAAUUCAAUCAUUCAUUCAUGCCGGGAAUUAUCGUCUUCCAGCGGAGAUGGGGCGUCGGCAGCGACGAUCUGGUUGUUCCCGGAAUCUCAUUGACUUUACUCCACGCCAUUUGGUUGAUUGUGGUUGCGGUCACGCUGGGACUUGACAACGGAUCCGUCGGUCAUGUUCGCAACACUGGGAACAUUAGCAGCAGCAGCAGCGAAACAAGCGACACUAUCGGCGUCCGGUUCAGCAACGAGUCGUUUCUACUGUCGCUGGCCAACCAGAGCAAUGCUGAGGACGACGCUUGGUCCUCUUCCGCCAGCGGUGACGGCGGCCAUGGUGGUGACGAUGAGGAAGUGGUCGUUGUCGCUGAGCUGCACGCACUGCAAGAAGAUCACGCCUGCGAAAGUGUUCUACGACUCUUGCUCAUCAUCAAAACGGCCCUUUUGGGCGUUUCGCUCCUGCUGGAAAUUUUCAUGGCCCGACUAGCGUUACGCGGAACCAUGUGGGACGUCCAUCCACGCCGCUUUAUGGAGUACGUGCUCUACAGUCGAUUACUGGUUUUAGUGGCCGAAAUGGUUUGGUCGUCGUUUAGCAUCGUGUGGCUCCACGGCUCUUACAUCACGUGUCCGGCAGGAAUGGAAAAAGAAGUUCUCUUAGGUUCGGUUAUUUGCGAUUUGUGCGUGGCGUUGAGCGUGCUCAUCACCAUUUGGUGCACGUUUGACCGGGCCGGACGCUCUUGGGUCAAGAUGACGCGCUUCCAGCGGAGCAUGAAAGAAGGCGAGACGAAAUACCACUACAAACGAUCGGGAAAUCACAGACCCAACUGGAGACAGAGGAAAGUGAUGAGGACUUACCAGGACACGUGGAAUCAUCGAUGCAAGAUCCUCUUCUGCUGCAUGGGUCGUUCUGAUCAAUACCAGGACUCCUUUUCGGAAAUCGCCCGACUGCUGACGGAUUUCUUCCGGGACCUGGAUCUCGUGCCGACUGACAUUGUAGCCGGUCUGGUUUUACUCAGGAAACAACAGAAGAAGUUACAAGAGACACUCGUUACCCAGGACCAGAACGACAUUUACGAGUUCUUGUCGGGAGUGGCCGUCACUUCACGGACACGCUUCCUUUCCUUGCACGAACCCGACCAACUGGAAGCUUUCCAAUUGACGGAACAUUAUAUGAAAUUCGCCCUGGCUGCUUAUGGCUGGCCCAUGUACCUGCUAGGCCAUUCCAAGACGGGAUUGUGCCGCCUGGUAUCUAACAUUAGGUGUUGCUGCUGUUGUGGAAGUGGUUCGACAGGCUCGUCGGAGAGUGGCGAAACUCUACCCGUCAUUGUGGGAGACACGUGCAGUGGUUGUCACCUGGCAGCGCUGAAACAAUCCAUCGGCCGCGUUGAUCACGAAGUCAUUUUCGCUUCCUUCCACGUCGACGUAGCGGAAACGCCUUUUUUCGUCGCCAUUGACUACGACCACCAGAGCGUCGUGGUCAGCAUUCGAGGCACCAUCAGCAUGAAGGACGUGAUAACGGAUCUUCACGCCGAAGCGGAACCCAUUCCUCUCCAGUUAACACGAGAAGACUGGUUUGGACACAAGGGUAUGGUGCAAACCGCCACAUACAUUCGCAACAAGUUGGAGAAGGAGAAUUUGCUAGGAAAAGCGUUUGCUCACAAUCCGGAAAGAGGCACGCCGGAUUUUCGUCUGGUUCUAGUCGGUCACUCUUUAGGCGCUGGAACGGCAGCUAUUUUGGCUUUGCUACUCCGCCACGAGUAUCCCCAUGUUCACUGCUACGCCUAUUCACCACCCGGCGGACUAUUAAGUUUACCGGCAGCUGAAUUCACAAAAGAGUUUGUGACAUCCAUCGUCGUUGGCAAAGAUGUCGUCCCUCGGCUGGGUCUCCAUCAGCUGGAAACUUUGAGGUCCAGUCUGAUGACGGCAAUCAACAAGAGCACGAAUCCGAAAUGGAAAAUUCUGGGUUCCAGCAUGCUGUGCUGCGGACGGCGGAAUAAAGAUGCCUCUGUCAAAAUUUCCAACAGUCCAGUCGUUUCGAUCGAAGAAGGAGGCGGCGGCGGUUCAAAAGACGUGCCUUCCACAACAGCCGUCCUAACGAAACAUCCAUCCGAUACUAAUAUCUCCCUGUCGACUCAUCAGCCACUGUAUCCGCCCGGCCGCAUCAUUCACAUCGUUAGGCAACAUCCAAAAGCAUCCGACAGAUCGGAACGAAGCUCCGGUUGUCCAGCGACGACCAAAGAUGACCAGCCGGAUCCUAUUUACCAGGCUUUGUGGGCCGACACUAUCGAUUUCAACGAGGUACUCAUCUCUCCCGUCAUGGUCCACGAUCACAUGCCCGACACCGUCCUCAGCGCCAUCAACAAGGUGCUGAGGCACGAGAAGCAGCUGGCCGAGUAUCAGAGGCAAAUCGUCUCCUCCCGCGUGCCUUGUUCAACCACCAACGUGUAGAGCGAGAUGGCGGCCAGAAUCCGUAGUAGGUCCCACUCCCACCUUCCAACAACCAUGCACCGCCCGUCCGUCUUUCACGGUUUCCAAUCUAUUUUUCAUUUUUCCUGCCAACUAGAAAAUUUGUUCUCAUUAUUUUUGUUUUUUGAUUUCGUUUGUUUUUUCUUUCUUCUUCUUGAUUGCUUGAUUUUUCAGUAGAGGACAAUGCCGUCUUUCAGUUUCUCGAUUCCUACCUCUUUUAUUUGGGAUUGUUUUCAUUUCGGCGGAUGGCCACUUGUUAUGAUGUCCGAGCUUCACUCUUCCGUCCUUAAUGCUUCGACAAGUGAAGAGUUCAUCCUGCCCAUCCCAUCCCAGGUUCUCUCGUGUCAUGGGCCGUCCAAACCUCAACGAGUCACGUCGGAACCUCUAUUGAAGGAUGACCAAGCCGAUUACCAACCGGGCCUGAUCGUCGACGGUUCUCUUCUGACGGCAGCCAGCUUUACUCCGUCGCCAGUGAUGAUGCCGCAGCAUUCCUUUUUGGAAAACAAUAGCUUGACGUCGAUCGACCGGAGUCCCACCAUUGGCCAGCGAUCGCCCGACGCCAAAGAAACGCCUUACUCCAGUAGCGUUCCUGCCAAUUCUUGCUACAUGUUGCAACCGCCUUCGUGGAUGAAUCCGCAAGUCCGGCGAGCCACAACUAGUAACUUACCGGCCAUGUCAGCAGCCGGCUGGAACUUUAAUCCUCUUCAACACUAUCCAGUCGAUGGCGAGGACCUGGUUUCAGAGUACAGUAAUCGAUUAGUGGCGCCAAUCGCCACUCCCGAGACACUCUCCGGAGAAUCCGCCAACGGGUCCGUCUCCAGUCUUGCCAAGAGGGCGCACAAAUUCCUGAGGAGAGAUAGAGCUGCAUCUGUUACCAAGAGAAAGGAUUUACCAAAACAGUACAGUGGAAGUAGUUCAAGUGUGUACGAAAUGACCGAGUCAAGCAGCGUCUAUUGUGCAUCUCCGUUGAGCAGCGCCAAAACGACCAGUGGACAGACGCGGGCCACAAGGGCGCAGUUGAAGCGAGAAAUUAUGCGACUCUACCAGAGAGCCGCUGCCGAUGUGGAUAAGAUUGAGCAAACGCCGUCAGCCGAGCAGGAUCCCAGUUCAACUAGCAGCCACACAUCACGGACGACAAGUAGUUCAAGUCAAUCACAGCCGUCGCGAUUGUUUCCCGUUUUGGAACCAGCGUCGCCGGUCUUUGGCGGUGGAAACGGAAGCAAUUCUGACAGUCACAGCGGCUACGCUUUGAGCCCUGUCGCGUCACGCCCAGCGACCGCUAAUGGUGCUACCGAUCGAAGGCUGUCACCUUCGAGUAGACCCAAUUUGCCUCCAUGUAACACGUCAUUUUAAAGGCGAAAAACAUUCAUUUAGCUCUAAAUAAAUAAAUAAAGAUCAAAGCCAGAUAUGGUUGAAAGCUCCCAGAUCUCAAAUCGAGGAAAAUAAAUCAGCUUUUUCCGACAGGAGUAAAAAGAAAACAAAAACAAAAUUAGGUUGAACGAAGAGCUCCUCUAACACCGAUUGAAUAACGCUAUCGGAGAUGUGUUUACACAAUCCUUAAGGACGAGAAAUGCCUGGAAAUAAUAAAUAAGAGAGGAAAGACGGGGAAAUCGAGCUUGGAAUGAAAUGGAUUGCUACGAGAUUGCAGAAGCAUGACACUUCCAAUCUCUUUUGCCCAACGUCGCGAGAAGAUUGAGUUUCGAUCGGAUUGCAAGGAUCUGCAGCACGUCACCAAGACAAGGCCAGCUGGAAUAAGAUCAGUAGAACUGCAGAUCCCAGGAGCUAACAUUGACACAUUCCCUGUUACCCCUUUUUUUUUCCUUCUAGCAUCUUUUCCGCUUUUUUUUGCUACUCUACCUAGUCGAGGAGGUCCUGUUGGAUGGAUGGAAGUUGGAUGAAGGGAAGAUACUCCCAAGGUUCCAAUUGUUUCUCGACAGCUGUAUCGAUGAUUGUGUUCAUCUAAUCGUUUUGUCAUCGACCGUUUUUCAGUUGGCGUUGAUCUUGUCUCCCUCCGUUUACUUGUUACACGUCACAAAGUUUUACCGUUCCAGUAUGACGCCAAUCCUCUUCCUUCGUCCUUUUCGACUGCCUGUUCAGAACAACUGCCCUGCUGUGAACAAUUGAUUGAAUCAUCGUUUACGGUUAGCUUUUCUUGUGUUUACAUCUGUAAGAUUUCUGUUCCAAUUGUUUCCUGUAUUGCACAGACAUGUAGACACAAUGUAUACAUCCAUCACAGACACAGACACACCCACAAUACACGGUAACAGCUAGUGUUUUUUUUUUCUCUCUCUCUCUUUUAAUAAUUCUAAACGAUUAGGCCUAUUUUGUCUAAUACUAUAAUAUUUUUGUAUACAGAUUUUUGCAAUUCUUUUACCGACGCGUAUAAAUUUAUAUGAUAUAUAUGAGAGAUGAGAGAGGACAUUUGGAGCUAGGGACUCAAUGGAAUAUCUAUGUUGGAAAUUCUGCUUAUUUUCGGAAUGCUUAUACUUUGUUGCGUUUCUACAGACUUGGUCUCUUUCUUUGAAUAAUUCGUGUAACGUGCUGUAGAUUUGUGUGUGUGCUAAUAAAUCAUCCGCGACAGGAGAUUACCUUA